AUGCCGGAAUUCUCAGCCGACGGGCGGCGCCUGCGACCGGAGUGGCAGCGGGAGUUCUCAGUCGCCGGGAGAAAUCCCAAAAGGUUUUGGCAGAGGCAGGCGAUGGGUGCCUUUGUGCGCGGCGUGAUGAGCGUGGGCGAGGGCGGCAAGUGUGCCCUCUUUGCGGUGGGGCCCAAGCAUGCCGGAGUGCUGGCCAGCGAGGGCAGGUCGGCGCUCGCCAUCUACGAGUUCCUCGCCAAGGAGGCGCCGGCGCCUGCAGCCUUCCAGGCGGCGAUCGACAGCUUGCCCGGCGCCAUCGAGAACAGCAAGCUGCUCGACGGCAAGCGCCGCGUCCGCUCGCUCACCUUCCACACCGAACUGGACCACCUGGUGGAGCUGCUUCGCCACCCGCACCUCCAGCCCGUGCUCAAGGAGGAGCACGUCAAGGCGGUGGAGGCGCCAGACACCACGCGCUCGCUCGCUCUCGAGGUGCAGAAGAUGCUCGCCACACUCGAGACCAACUGUGAGGUGGCUACCCGCACAGCCGCGGCCACGGCCGCGGCGGCGAGGCGCCGUUCGGGCGCAGCGAGCGCGCGGUCGGCAGCCGACGCGCUUGUCAACCUCGGCGGCCGCGGCGACUCCGACGGCGAGGAGGAAGAGGAUCCACUGCGCCAGCUCGGUGUCCUCUGCGCACGGCAGCCUGGCCUCGCCUCUCGAUCAAAGAAGCGCAGCGCGUCGCUGCCGGAGAGGCAGGCGAUGGGUGCCUUUGUGCGCGGCGUGAUGAGCGUGGGCGAGGGCGGCAAGUGUGCCCUCUUUGCGGUGGGGCCCAAGCUUGCCGGAGUGCUGGCCAGCGAGGGCAGGUCGGCGCUCGCCAUCUACGAGUUCCUCGCCAAGGAGGCGCCGGCGCCUGCAGCCUUCCAGGCGGCUAUCGACAGCUUGCCCGGCGCCAUCGAGAACAGCAAGCUGCUCGACGGCAAGCGCCGCGUCCGCUCGCUCACCUUCCACACCGAACUGGACCACUUGGUGGAGCUGCUUCGCCACCCGCACCUCCAGCCCGUGCUCAAGGAGGAGCACGUCAAGGCGGUGGAGGCGCCAGACACCACGCGCUCGCUCGCUCUCGAGGUGCAGAAGAUGCUCGCCACACUCGAGACCAACUGGGACAAAAAAACCGAACACUCAAAAGUGAAUGCGGUUUCAUUGAACGAGGCAUUAUGGUUUCUGGUUUCUGGUUUCUGCUCCGAAAGCGAGGCUGCCGCGAUCCCGAGCGGAAACGCCGUGGCAGCCAACAUGGCUGCCUCGUGCAUCGGACGCCGACCGGCGGGGCCGUUGCUUGUCAUGCCCAAGCCCUGA